GCGUUUUUACAUCGUCUCACUGGUAUAAACAUUCAGUUCAUGCAGGAAAUCCUGAAAUCUCUUUCUGAUUUGACAAAAUAUCAGUUCAUCACCUGGAUUAAAGCGACAUGUCGAUAACAAACAGCGCAGUGCGACCCCAGUUUGGGCACUGGCUCCUAGAGCAAGUGCAGUCCGGACAGUACGCGGGACUUCACAUGAUCGACCCAGACACAUUCCGCAUCCCAUGGAAGCACAACUCCAGGAAAGACUGUGGAGACGAAGACAACCAAAUCUUCCGCGAAUGGGCUGUGGUUAGUGGUAAGAUCAGUGAGUAUCCCAAUGACAAGGCAAAGUGGAAGACCAACUUCCGUUGUGCCCUCAACAGCCUUACACAGUUCAAGAUGAUCCAAGACAACUCCAAGACGGAGAAUCCUCACAAAAUCUACCGUAUCAUCCGUCCUGAAAACCAUCAGCAGUGCUCGCGCAUUAACACUGAAGCCCUGUACAGCUCCUCAAACAAUCAGUAUGAAGAAAUGGAGUAUGAUUUGCCAAACCAAAUAGAGACCUUGGAUAUAAAUACACAGCCCCCAGAAAUACAAUAUUGGCCAGCUACCAACUACCAACAACCCAUCCAACACUUAGAAGACAACACCAACUACAGUGUCCCCCAAAUGCCGAUUUUGCAGCAGCAUUGCCUUCUGAAUAACACACCUGUAUCAGCACCAGUAUUAUUACAGCUAACCCACAAUAUAGUGCCUCAACCUUUCAUCCUGCCUUCUAUUUUUGAGCUGGAGAUCACCAUUCACUACAGGAAAAUGGAGAUGCUGAAGAGGCAGGUUAAAGGUCCACACAUUCAGCUCCACGCACAGUGUGAUCAGUCAGAGCUGAGGGGCGUUUCUGUGCCCUUCCCAAGCACUGACAAGCUCACUGAUCACAAACAGGUCCAUUUCACUAAGCACCUACUGAACAACAUCAGUAGGGGUCUGUUCCUGGAGGUCUGCCCCUCAGGCAUCUACGGCUACCGUCAGGACAAGUGCAAUGUGUUUUUCAGCACCUGCAAUCCUACAGAGAUCCAGAACCCAGAGCCCAGAAAGCUGCCCCAAAGCCAGAAUGAACUGCUCUUCAGCUUUGACAAGUACAAGAAAGAUCUCAUAGAUUUCAAAGAGAACAGGCGAGGAUCUCCAGAGUACACCAUCUAUUUGUGCUUUGGAGAAAGGUUUCCUGAUGGAAAGCCACUGGAGAGAAAGCUGAUUGUUGUGAAGGUUGUGCCUCUGAUAUGUCGUGAGUUGCAUAAGGCAGCACAGCUGGAAGGAGCAUCGUCUUUGCAAAACGACAACAUAAGCCUUCAGCUCUCCCACAACAGCCUGUAUGAACUGAUUGAAGCCACUUUCUCCCCACCUCCAGCUAUAUAAAGCAUGGUUUUAACAGUCAACUGUUUUCACUCAAUGAUUUCACUUUUUGGAUGCAGCAAAGCCUAAAAGUUGUGCACAAAAAGUAACAAAGCCGUGGGUAUCACAAAAUGGGUUAUAAUUUUUAUUUCAUUUGAUUUUCAUUUGCCUUUAAUCCCAUUUGCUGUCAAUGACAACUUUAUCUAAGUGUUCUUUUGUUUUGGUUUUCUCGUUACUGUGCC